AUGGCCGCUGUUUCUUCUUUUUCCAUGUACCAAAGCACUUCGGGUAUGGGUAUCUCCCAGAUCAACGGGAAUAAUGGGCAACCUUCUACCUCGCAGGCGCCGACGCCUGUUGGGUCUCUUUUCAAGAGAAAGCCAAUCAAGAUCACCUUCAACACCCGCCGCACCUCGAGCCUCCUUGAAAAAGAGGACGAUGCAUUGGCGAGCACCUCUUUUGUGCCGCCCCAACUCCACGCGAAGAAGUCAGACAACACCACACAAAAGAACAAGGCGGCGAGUCCGCCUCGACAGCCGCUUUGGGAUCGACCUCUCGCGUUUGUAUCUGCGGGAGGCGCCAUCCAAGGCCCGCAGCCCCCCUCGACGGUUCCUGCCGCGCAGCCUUCGGUGUCGACGAAUGAUGCGCCACCGGCUUCUACGCCACAAGCGUCGCGUCCGAUGUUCGUCAGCAUACCUCCUGCGCAGACUGUCUUCUAUGACGGCGAGGGCGCUUGUGAAUGUGGCAACACAUGCCUCAAAUGUUUACUUCUGCAGGAUGUAGCGAAGUUCUCCUACAUCGUAAAUAAGGGACCUCAGUUACCGUCUUCGACUCGCGCGACAGGUUCGGUCCAUUGA